CAGACAUACGCCUAUUCUGCAUAAAUAUAUAUCUAGACGCAUUUACAAUGCAGUGAUAACUUUGAUCCAAAUUCGUGUUGUAAAAAUUCAUAUUAAUUAGAUUUGACAGAGUUCGUUUGUUGAAAAAAAGUCAAUAUGUCAUCUUCAUCAUUUCACUUGUCACCUAAUACGCCACUUUCGAAGUUCUUCAAAGAAAAGGCUGUUAAAGAAGUUCGAGAGAAUCCUUCACAUGUAUCUGCACACAUUAUCAGUAUAAAAAGAUGGCUUAAUUCAAUGCCACAUUUAUCUUGUCCUGACGAUGAUCGAAUAUUUUUGGCAUUUCUGCGUCAAUCAAAAUUUACUCAUUCAGAAUCACAAAUGCGUUUAGAUAAUUUUAUAACUUUGCGUACAUCACCUGAAAGUCCUAUAACCAGCUGGUUUGAUCUUUCAUCAAUAACUAAUAGUCUUCUUGAAGAAUAUCUCAAAAUGGGUGUUCAUUGUCCAAUUGGAUUUCUUCAGGAUGGAACAUUUUUGUUUAUGGUUAGAAUAGGUCAUUGGAACAACAGUAUUCUGUCGACAGAAAAUAUUCUGAGAUUAGUCUUACUUCAGCUUGAUCGUAUUUUAGAAGAUCCAAGAGUUCAGAUUGCUGGCCUACGUGUAUUUAUUGAUUUUACUGGUGCUUCACCUUCCUUAUUGGAUACAAUUAAUCCAAAGAAAACUAUGAAAGAUUUUAGUAAAAUUCUACAGGAGGCUUAUCCAUUUCGAAUGAAGGGGAUUAUCUAUUAUAAUGAACCGGCUGUAAUGGAAGUAAUAUUUAAAUUACUGACAAUAUGGCUAAGACCUAAAGUCAGAGAUCGGUUUAUAAGAGUGAAGGAUAAUAUAAAGAAGGCCUAUGAUAAAGUACCAGGACUUCAAGCUAUUUUGCCAAGAGAAUAUGGUGGAUAUAAUAAACCUAUGGAAGAAAUAUUAAGAGAACAGAAUGCUGAUUUCAAAGAAUACUUUUUGAAAGGUGAAAGAUUAUGGAGAGGAAUGUCAGUGGAUGAAAGAAGACGACCUGAAUCAGCUAAACGAUUAAUGAGUGACUAUAAAGAAGUCGAUGAUCGUAAUAUGGGAACAAGUGGAACAUUUAUUCGAUUACCAGUAAACGACUGAUAGUCAUCAGAUUAUAUUUAUAAUAUCUUUUUUUACUUUUUGUUAAAUGUCUCUUUUUCAAUAUCAUUAUGUAAAUUUUGUACUAUUUAUAACUGAGAAUUUUAUGAUUAAAAUAAUUACUUUUGAA